ACAAGAUUCAGUGAAUCACUUCCGCGUGACGUUCUACGAAUGGAGAUUAUAAAGAAGACUUUUUUUCGAAGAGUCGCACCAACUGCAGAGGAUACAUUCCAAACGAGAUAAGUAACAGAUGUCGCUACCAGUGAUUCGUUUGGCAUGUAUGUAUAUACAUAACUAGAAAUGAAAUAACACGAUUGUAUGUAUGUACUGCGCAUGUUACCUGUGUUUUCUAUUGGAUGAUUAAUCUAUCCACGUGCCAAUGGAUGCCGACUAGAAGAGCUUUACUAAUCGUCCCUUAAAAUUGAAUAAUUGACAGAAAAAAUGGUAAUCGUAAUUGGAUUCGAAGGGAGUGCAAAUAAAUUGGGUGUUGGGAUUAUUCAAGAUGAAAAUGUUUUGUCAAAUGUACGACAUACUUAUAUUACUCCACCAGGCGAAGGAUUUUUACCUCGUGAAACUGCGCAACACCACAGAGAACAUGUCCUUGUCGUUUUACAAAAAGCACUGAACGAUGCUAAAAUAACUUUAAAAGAUGUGGAUGUGAUAUGCUAUACAAAAGGACCAGGAAUGGGAGCACCGUUGACAAUUACUGCGUUGGUAGCAAGAACAAUUGCUCAAUUAUAUAAUAAGCCAAUCGUUGCAGUAAAUCAUUGUAUUGGUCAUAUUGAAAUGGGACGAUUAAUUACUGGAAGUAUAAAUCCUAUUGUUUUGUAUGUUUCUGGUGGAAAUACGCAGAUUAUCGCAUAUUCUCAACAGAAAUAUCGUAUUUUUGGCGAAACAAUAGAUAUCGCUGUUGGAAACUGUUUAGACCGUUUCGCAAGGCUAUUAAAGCUAUCAAAUGAUCCUAGUCCUGGUUAUAAUAUAGAACAGUUAGCAAAAAAAGGGAAUAAAUUAGCUCCAUUGCCUUAUGUAGUAAAAGGAAUGGAUGUAUCUUUUUCGGGAAUUUUAAGUUAUAUAGAGGAACAUCAUUCUUCUUGGCUUGAGUCCAAAGAAUUUACUCCCGAAGAUUUAUGUUUUUCUUUGCAAGAAACAGUGUUUGCCAUGCUUGUUGAAAUAACAGAAAGAGCAAUGGCCCAUGUGAAGUCAUCCGAGGUAUUAAUUGUUGGUGGUGUAGGAUGUAAUAAACGAUUACAAGAUAUGAUGGAAACUAUGUGUAAAGAGAGAAAUGCAAUACUUUAUGCUACAGAUGAGCGAUUUUGUAUAGAUAACGGUGUAAUGAUUGCUGUAGCUGGGUUACUUCAGUACAAAAGCAAUGGGCAUACACCAUGGAUAGAAACAACUUGUGUACAAAGAUAUCGAACGGAUGAUGUACAUAUUUCUUGGAGAGAAUAAAUGAGUUUUAUAUAAAAUCAUUUGUUACAAUAAUGAAUAAAAGUAUUUUUUAAAUAUUCA